AUGCAGUUCUCUCAGGUACUGGCUCUCGCCACUCUCUUCAUCUCUACUUCCGUUGCUGCGCCCGUCGAGGUCGUCGAGCGUGCCUGCGCCUAUACCUGUGGCUCCGUCUGCUAUAGCAGCAGCGCCGUCAGCAACGCCCUGAACGCCGGCUACGACUUCUACUCCGCUGGCUCCACCGUCCACAGCUACCCUCACCAAUAUCACAACUACGAGGGCUUCGACUUCCCCGUCAGCGGCACAUACUACGAGUUCCCCAUUCUCAGCAGCGGCCGAGCUUACACCGGUGGCUCCCCGGGCCCUGACCGUGUGAUCUUCAAUAAGAAUGAUCAACUGGCUGGCGUUAUUACCCACACCGGUGCUAGUGGCAACAGCUUUGUGUCCUGCUAG